AUGCCAGUCUGCGUCCACUGCCUGAAAUCGUUCGACGUAGCCGCGCCGACGCCCUGCAAGACGCACCCCGGCUCCUGGCAAGGCUCCGAGCGCGGCAAACUGCACGGCACCUCUUCAUCCGACCCGGCGGUGGCGCACCUACCGCUGAUUGUCUACGCCUGGGACUGCUGCGGGAGCGAUGACCCGGACGCCGAAGGCUGCGUCAGCGGCGCACACCGGUCCUUCGACGACGGGUAGCGAUGCCCAACCCGUCGACGAAGACGCUGCGGCGCCGGCGCCUGCGCCAGCGCCGGCCGACGACGGUUCCGAUUCCGACAGCAGUGACGGCGAGAUCCCGUUGUGCGACGCGCCCGUCGUGAAGAAGCGGAAAGUCGAGGCACAAACCUCACAAAUUUCGAUGACGGACUCCGAGCGGUACAAACGAGACGACGCGGGCUGCGCAGAUCGACUCAAGAAGCGUGAAGCGGACCAAAUGGUGCCGUGCAUUGACCCCGAAAUCGGGGAAGACGAUCAAGGCGUCGGCGCUCGGUUUCAGGGCUACGACGGCUUCACGAUCGGUGGGCCGCCGGUGUUUCGGUAG